CUUCUAUUGGCAAUAUCCACAAUCCCCGGAUUCUGCUCAUGCGAUGGGCUAAGAACACCGGUAUCCUGGUACAGGAUGACCCAUCGUUAUCAUUAGACUGAUGAUUAGCCGAUGAUAAGGCUAUGAUGUUGGUAAUUUGCGAUAGUAGAGCGCAUCAGGAUGCAUAUAAGUGAAGUGGCCGACCGGCAGCAGGUAUCAUCAUUCUGCAUCGGGCAACUCUUCCUCGUCAACAUUGGAGAUUUGCUUCUGUACACGCUUUCCAAAGCCUAGUAUCACCAAGAUGACUUCCAAGGUUUCAGAGAAGGCUGAUGCCAUUAAUUCUACUCCCGGGCGAAGCAGUGAUAGCAUUCAGGCCGUCAAGCUAGAGCCGAACGAUGACGCUUUCGAAGUCUUCAAGAGGGAGGAGGGCCAGGUCGACUUUCGUACAGUAUCUUGGAUUCAUGCCUCCGUGAUCUUCCUGAAAGUCAUUUUCGCCACCGGAGUGUUGACCAUUCCCUCGGCCAUGUAUGUCCUCGGAGCCCUACCCGGCGCGAUCAAUGUCCUCGGCUGGCAAUUUUUGAACACAUACUGCGCCAUCGUCCAGGGCAACUUUCGAAACGCCCACGCGGGAUGUCAUUCCAUCGCCGACAUGGCGUUCGUCGUGGGAGGUUCCUGGCUCAAGGAGGUCGUAGGAAUCUUCUUCCUCGUAACCUAUGCCAUUGUGGGUGCCUCCGGCAUAUUUGGCGCAUCCGUGGCGUUGAACGCGCUUUCGAACCACGCCAUCUGCACAAACUACUUCAUGCUAGUAGCUAUGAUUGCUGUGUUCAUCCUGGCCAGUGCCCGCAAGUUCGAGAAGAUCGCCUGGCUAACCUGGGCUGGUUUCUUGUCCGUCUUCAUCGCGGUAUUCAUUGUUGUCGUUGGAGUCACAACUCGCGACAGGCCUGCUGCUGCACCACAAACGGGUGACUUCGAGCUUGGAUACCGUGUCAUCGGUAACCCGACAUUCGUCGCCGGUAUCACGUCCGUAGCUACGAUCUUCUGUUCGGGCGCAGGAACGUCGGCCUUUUUGCCCGUCAUCUCGGAGAUGAAGAAGCCAAGAGAUUAUAACAAGGCCGUGUACCUCUGCAUGGGCAUCGUCACGGCGUCUUACCUAUCCUUCAGUCUGGUCGUCUACCGCUGGUGCGGCCAAUGGGUUGCUUCGCCGUCUCUCGGCAGCGCGGGCGACCUGAUCAAGAAGGUUGCUUACGGAAUCGGCCUGAUCGGUCUUCUGGUCAGCGCAUGCCUGUACAUCCACGUUGCCGCAAAGUACAUUUUCGUUCGCAUCCUGCGCAACUCGCAGCAUCUGCAGAAGAACACAGUCGUGCACUGGUCCGUCUGGCUCGCCUGCACCUUUGGCAUGUCAGCCGUCGCGUUCUUGAUCGCGUCCGGCAUUCCCAUCUUCAACUACCUCCUCGCACUGGCCGGGUCGCUAACUUUUGCGCCCUUGGCACUGGGCUUGCCUGGGUAUCUGUGGGUCUACGAUCAUCAACACUACCGCAAGGGAAGCUGGUGGCAGGUAUUGGUGUACUAUCUCAACUGGCUUAUGAUCUUGUUGGCUGUCUUCCUGACGAUUGGCGGAACGUACGGUGUCGUUCAGAAUAUCAUAGAUGCGUAUGCUCGGGGCGAGAUCGACCAGGCAUUUUCAUGCAAAGAUAACAGCAACUCAUCUUAGAGGUGUUGCGCAAACUUGGAUUAGGG